AUGUGUCCUGCUAUAAUUAUGAUUAUCAAUAAUGCAUUGCGAUUAAUCAUAGAGGGGCUCUUUGAAAGGCGAUUGACCCCUGUCUCUCUGCCGCUCCUGCCCAAUAAGCCGGCCGCUGGGUUGUCUCUCCCCAAAGCGGAGCCGGAGACUGUGUUAACCCUCUUAGCAACCGGCUGGGACUCCGGCAGGCGCUGUUGGCCUGCCUUCUGUAGGAAUGGGAGGAGAUGGGGGAGGAAGAGAAGUGGGACAGAAACAGAAAGGGCUGCAAACUUCCCAACUUGGACCGCGCUUCUCAGGCUCCAGCAACUGCCGGGUCCCGGGACUAGGCUGUGCUGCCCAGGGCUAAGGGAGGUGUGGAGGGCAGCUGAGAAGGGUGGGAUAAUAAGGUUUCUGAGGGCUAAUGCGGGAUUCCUACUUGGGAAGCAACUGACCCGGAGUAAGCCGUUAGCUCCUCAGGAUCUGGUUGUAUAUUUCCCUUUUCAUCAAAUUCAAUCAGAAAUACUAGCGGAAAAGUAUCUCUCCACCCCCAUCCACACCCUCCCCCUCACACCGGGAGAAAAAAAAAAAAGAAGUCCAGCGUUAUUUUGCCUCCUGCAUGUGUCCGCCACGGUUCUCUCUCCCUCCCUCCUUUGCUCCCUCCCUCCGAGCUUUCCAGCUCCUCUCCCAAAGCUCAACAUUCCCAGUAUCCAGGGCUCCGGGGGUGCGGAGAAGAGGAUCCAGGAAAGAAGAAGAAACCAGCUCAGAGUCACACAAAGACAAAAGUGGCAGAUGGAGGAUUUGAAUACAGGCCUUCGGACCUUCAAUCCUUUGCUCCUUCCAUUGCACUCUGCUGCCUCAGAGUCUAUGAAAACCUUGUUUGUGAAGUUGGGGUUCACCUUUGGGCCACUUUAUGCCGAAGUUGCUGGCCUGGAUUUCCUCCAUUGUUCUUGCUCCCAGCUCGACUCUGAGCUUGCUCCAACCGGCAGGAGACACUUUCUCAUAUCCCUUUGUCCCCGAAUUAAUGUUCUGUGAUGAAUAGGGGCCCCUCGGCUCAAUGAGUGAGAGAAGAGAGAGAACCCGCCUUCAGCACUGCUACCUCCCAGGAAUCCUCUUUUUAAUAACCUCAGCAACACUUUGGUUUUCAGGGGACUUGUCUGAAAUGUAUCAAGAGGCGAGCGGACUCCCUCUCGUACUUGGGCAAUCUGACCCCCACAGAUAAAGGGAAAGCUGCUAAGAGGCUGAUUACUGCAGAAUAGCAAAUUCAAGUUAACUGCAUCUUAUGAACGAUAAUUCUUCAGCUGCCCAGACACCGCACCCGAGCUAAGGCGCAGAGAUGUGAAAGCUUUAUUCCUACUUCUCAUUUGUCACAGGGUCGGGAAGGCGCGUAGGACCAUCUCUUUUGAGUUGGGAGAUUAUUUAGAUAGAGAGCAUCUCAUGCAUCCUGCAGCCCUAAUUUUGAAGGUCAGGAACCUGAGGUUUAGGGAAGUGAAGCCAAAGUUGCACCAGACAGAGAUCCAACCCAAGGCUUCUGACUUUGGGGGAUCCAGCGUUUUCCAAAUUUCACCGCCUAUCUCCUUCAUAACCUCGGGAGUUCUCAAGUAUUACAGAGGAAUGGGGUGAGGUGAAGACCCUGCAGCUAUUUUGAGAGAUUUACCAAGUCCACAGAUAGUGAACUUCACACACUGGAAGGAUGGGCUAUUUUAGCAUGGGAAAGCCUUGGCAUAGGUUUUAGUAGUGGCCUCUUGUCCUGUUGAAACCCUGUAGCAAAUGAUAGAGGACCUGGGUUCAAAUCAGACACUUCCUAAUUAUGUAACCCUGGGCAAGUCACUUGACCCCCAUUGCCUAGCCCUUACCACUCUUCUGCCUUAGAAAUAAUGCACGGUAUUGGCUCUAAAACAGGAGGGAAGGGUUUAAAAAUAAAAUAAAACAACUACAAAACUUGAGGCAAGCAAAUCUCUAGGUUUUGGCUUCCUUAUUUGUAAAAAACACCAGAACACUGAAUUAAGUAUGUACCAAGGUUCUUUCCUAGCUUUCAUUUUCUGUAAAAGGGAGAGAUUUUGUUUGUUUUAGGACAGGACAAUGUUUGUUCCCUCUCUCACCUUUGAACUUCCCCCUAUGCCUCUAUGAUGUUCUAUACUUAGCAGGUUCUUAAAAAUUUUUAGAAUAAAUCUUUGUUAUAUUAAUUUGAGUGAGCUGGGAGUGGGGGAAGCCUAUAUCCCAAAGGCAGAGUUUGAUAAAAGGGAAAAAGGAGCACCUUAGUCUAUCUAGGCCUCAGUUUCCUCAUUUGUAAAAAUUUAGGAGCUAGAUGACCCCUAAGUUCCCUUCCCGAUCUAAAUCUGUGUCUUAUAAUCUAUAUUUUAUUUCAAAUUAAAGUAAUGAAGAUUGA